AUGGAUUCGGCUCUGAUACAUGUUUAGGGUAGCCCGAAUGCUACUUAAAAGAUAUAAUAGCAAUCAUCAAUGUUCAUGCAAGUAGCAAAUAUUGCUUCUGUUGCAAUAUUGAGCUCAAUGGCAUUUUCAUAUGUGCUUGAUAAGGUUAAAGACAGACAAGAGAAAAAUUUAAGAGAGGAGAUUAAAGACAGAGUUGAGAGCACUCUGAGAGAGAACCAUGAGAGGAUAAGAGCUCUUGAAAUCGAGAAUAAUACGAUUAAAUCAGAGUUGGUGAAUAAAAAUUAGGUUGAUCAAAUCUUAAACGAAAAAUUAGAGUAGAUGGAGAAUGGUAAAUUAAUGGGUGAUGUUAAAACUAGGGCAUUAAAUCUAAAAUUAAGGGCAAACUAAGUCAGUAAUCAUUCAUAGAUACACUAAUAACCAAGACGGGGACAGAGCAGUUUGCUUGGUGAUGACUAAGCUGAAAAAGAUCCACUCAAGGAGGAUAUUGAGAACUUGAAGAUAGAAAUGGUUAGGGAGUUGAGAGAUCUUAAGUAGGUCAUCAAGGACUCAAUGACAAAUAACACUGACAUUCUUAAUGAAAUGAAAAAAUUCAACUAAGGCGUAUUAAACUAAUUAAGAUCUAGGUAAUUAGGAUCAGAAUCUCAACCGUUGGAUGAAAAAUCAGACUCUUUAAAAAUUGAGGUAAAAUUAGAGGAUGAGGAAUUUAAGUUAGAUGGAUCUGACAAGAAGUAAGAAGAAUCUAAAGAGCAAGAAAAACCUGUGACAAAGAUCGAGCCAAAGAAGUUUGCUGAAAUAGAGUUGAAUGAAGAGUAGCUAAAAGAUAUCAGAACUAAAUUUGAAGAGAUGAUUAAUUAGUAUCAGGAAAAGAAAGAUAAAAUGAAUAUAUUGAGAAGCUUAGGAUUUCCAUUCUAAAACAUGAUUAAAGACUCAACUAAGAAUAGGUUCGAUCUCAACGGAGGUCUUUUCAAAAACCUUGAUAAAUUAGUACCUGGCAACAUUGCUAAGUUUCUCAUGGCUAUUGGCUUCAAAUAAAGAACUGAGACUUUGUAUGAGUAUGAAGUUCCUAAAGAUGAUGUAGAGAAUCCAGAUUCAAUGCUUGGAAAUAAAAAUGUCUUAGAAGCAAUGACAGGCUAGAUGCUUGCGGAUCAAGGAGCUCACGUUAUAGUUGUAAAGUCUAAGGGGAAUAAUCCAAGCAAACUUCAGUUUAUGAAUAGAGGAAAGAGCAGUAUAAUUCUAAAUUUAAAGAAGGACAGAGAUAGAGCAUUUCUCCUGAAUGAUGUGAUUCCACAUAUUGAUAUAAUUCUGGAGUCAUAUCGACCAGGAGUCAUGGAAAAACUUGGACUCUCUCCCGAUAUAGUUCAUGAUAACAACUCAAAGGUUAUCUAUGCCAGAUUAAGCGGGUAUGGAUAAGUAGAAUCAAAGUAAAGAGAACUUGCUGGCCAUGAUAUGAACUACUUGGCAAUUACAGGUCUCUUAAAUAAAUUCAAAAGAGUUAGUAAGAACAAUGCGCCCACUCCACCAGCAAAUAUUGUUGCUGAUUUCGCUAGUGGAUCUCUAUAUUGUUUUAACCUGAUAUUGCAAGCCUUAUAUUUAAAAAAGCCAAACACAACAAUAGAUUGCUCAUUAACUCAUUCAACUGCUUAUCUAUCCUAAUUAGUUUUAAUGGAGACUGUCAAGAUCACUAGCAAGGAUAAGAUUAAAGACAAAAAUGCUGUUGUGAUAAACAACUUCACUAGACCUCAUGAAACAGUCUACAGAGAUUUAGAAGGUGUCUGCUUUGUUCUUAAACCUGGUUCUAAGAUUCAUGAUGAUGCAAGACUCUAAUUUUACGGCUAAGAUGAAGGUGAUGAAUCUCAUUAGCAUUAGGAUUUAUAUUAGUUAGUUUUUGAGAAGAUGACUAUAAAAGAUAUAGAAUAGAAGUAUGGACCAGUUGAGGUAAUCAGACAAUAUGGAAAUUUACUAGAAAAUAAUACUGAUCUUCCGAAGGGACUAGUGACAAAGAUUGAAGAUUAAAUCUAAGUUAUGAAUGUAUUCGAUCUUGAAAAGGAAGGAUUUUAGACCUAUGGUGGAAAAUAGGAAGAUGGAUGGAAAUCUCUAGAAUAGAUUGGGGUAUAACCCGAAAAAAUUAGUAAGUUCUAGGAGCUUAAGCAAGCAUAAAAGAAGGAAAAGAAUAAGACAGAUUUUAAGCCAAAGCUCUGA